GCGGGCAUGGCUGCCCGCGGCCGGGGGGCUGCAGCUGAGGGGUUCUCCCCGUCCCCCGCCCCGCGGAGCGACACGGUGACCCGGCCCUGCGCGGGGAUGAGCCGCGCCAUGGCCCGCGCUGCCGUGGGCGACGAUGACUACGGGGAGGACCCGGCGGUCAACGAGCUGCAGCGCCUGGCCGCGGGGGUCCCGGGGAUGGAGGAGGCUCUUUCUGUGCCCACGGCCACGAUGGCGAACCUCAUCGCCGUGAUGUGCCACUGCCAGCGCAGGGGGGCUCAGCUGCUCCUGGGCCGGGACACCCACCUGCACCUCUUCGAGCACGGCGGGGCCGCGCAGUUGAGUGCUGCGGGUCGGAGGGCUCCCGCCACGGGCUGGCGGGGCCCAGCGGGCCCGUUGCAGCGGCAGCGCGGGGCGGGGAGGAGGGCGGCUGGUUGCUGCCCUCCGCUGGCGGCGGAGCCGCUGCACCCCCCAACCGCCCGAGCCGAGGCUGGGGCAGAGUGGCAGCCGAGUACAGCCGGCAUGGGGCAGGAGGGGCAGAGGGCUGGGACCCCCACACACUGCCAGUGUCCCCCCACCCUCUGCCACCGUCCUCUCUGUGCACUGCCACCGCCCCCAUCAGCUCUGCUCGCUGUCCUGCCCGGGGCACAGGUCGCUCGUGUCCACUCCCAGACUCUGCCAGACCUGCCAGACGGCACCUUCGACUUGGACCAGCUGGAGCUGACUAUCCGCGAGGCCCACGGCAGCCGGUACCACCCGCGCCCCGAGCUCCUGUGCCUGGAGAACACGCACAGCUCGGCAGGGGGCUGGGAGCUGCCCCUCGCCUACCUCCAGCAGAUAGGAGCCCGUAGCCCGUGGCUAGCAGCAGCCCCUCCUGAGCAGCCAGAGCCGGCAGGAGGGCACUGCACGGACACUGGGGCCCUACCUGCAGGUAGUGAGCAAGGAGGAGAUAGCUGAGACUGGCCAGGCUGUCAGCGUCCUGGUGUUCCCCUGGUCGGCACACACCGUGCGUGCCGUCUGGCACUGCAACGUCUCAGCCCAUGACACUGAGUUGGCAAAGAGCAAGUUGGACUUUGAGGCCAGGAAAUGCCAGGAGAAGCUGGCCCUGGACUUGCACCCGACUCCCCCAAGCAUGGGGGGGCCCAAUAAACGUGUUCUGGCA